UAGCUUUUCCUCGCUGCCUAGCUUUUGCAGUUUUGUCCGUAGCCUCGUAGCUGUUUCUUCUUGAACAUCGCAUACGAUGAGUUCAAAUCAGUUGUUGCAGAGAUUGCGUGUCGCCGAGCUGCGUGAACAGCUCGAAAAGCGCGGCCUAGACCCAUCUGGCACCAAAUCGGUCCUGAUAAACCGACUCGAGGGAGCCGUAGACGAACGUGAGGACUUCGUUCCUGCUACUGCGGCUUCUGUUGCUGUCACGGAGGACGCGGAUAAUUCGGGUCGUGACAACUUUCAGCAGGAACUGCGGCGUAUGGUGCGCGAAGAAGUAUCAGCUGCAAUCGGCACAGCGUUGUCGGGAGCACCAGAGGCGGCCUCUCAAACCACGGCAACUGUCACCCUGUCCAAUCCUGCACCUUCUAUCCCCGGGUUGAGCUCCAUUGCAUCUGCGCCGGCGGCUAGCAGUACCGAAACCUCGGCAGCAGCUCACCUCCUCGUGCCCAAGUCACUGCAAGAUCGCAUCGUGAAAGGCAUUUCGGCGGCUCGCUCCCAGCGCCAAGAACCUGCCGGACAACGUGAUAUGGCCCCAGUACAUGGGGAAGUAAGCUACUACGCUGCAUGCGCCAUUGCCCCGAACACACGGCGCACCUAUUCGACCGGUGAGAGCAGAUAUAGUGCUUACUGCCAGUUGUGCCUCUGGAAACCCUUCCCAGCUACUGACUAUCAGCUAAGUUGCUUUGCCGCAUUCCUCGCUCGCUCAGUAAGACCAUGUACUAUCUCUGUGUACCUCAGUGCGGUGCGCAACGCCCAAAUUGAACAAGGCUUGGGUGAUCCGCUGGAAGAUGCCUGGCUGCUGAAACGAGUAGUAAAGGGCAUUGGACGGUGCCAUGGCACAGCUGUUAUCACACCUCGCCUUCCUAUUACCAUGCCUGUGCUCCGCAAAAUAGUGGAUGCGUGCCAGUUGACGGAACUACUCAACCGACAUGACCGUCUGCUGUACCAAGCAUAUGGACAGAAGCUUACUCGUGCGGCAUUUACCACCACUGUACGUUCAUUGCUGGCAGCAUCUGGCGUGCCAAACCUGCACCUGUAUUCCGGGCACUCGUUCCGCAUUGGUGCUGCUACGACAGCCGCAAUGGCCGGUGUGCCCGACUCUCUGAUCCGCGCUGCUGGACGCUGGAAGAGUGAUGUAUGUUUGCGGUACAUGCGUAUGCCAGCAUCCCUUAAGUACAGUGUGUCGUCACAGCUUGCAAAGGUUAGCCAUUUGGUCUGA